GAAAUUUCACAGAUUAGUGACGGCACAGUCCAUAUCCAUAUACUAAACUCAGGAACUUCCUGGAUAUUCAGGAAAGAAGAAAUUUGACACCGACUAUUAAACCGAGCUAAGAUCAAAGAAGUGUCCUUAGCUCAAUUUUUCUUGAUUCUCCUUCCGCCCUUCCCAUUCUUUCCCACUCUCACACCAAGUCACAAAACUUCUUUUGCUUGUCAACACUCGAAGUCUUCAUCUCCACUCACAUAUACCUAUCUCCAAAAACCUCAUUUUUGAGUCUACUUCACACACAUCAAUACAAUGGCCGCUCGUGUUGCUCCUAAGAUGGCUUCCCUCAUGGGAUCUGCCUCCGCAAAGGUUGCCCGCCCAAUGGUUCGCUCCAACCUUGGUGCUCAACGUACCUUCACUGGUAAGCUUAAAGCUCUUUGAUAUCUUCCUAUCAUCAAUUUAGCUUGCAUGAAGCCUCAACAACUAUCAAUAUAGCUUCAGUUGUAUUACGAUCCAAUACAUCUAUCAUCGUCAGCAUAUACCUAUCGACCAAAUUCAAUGGAUAAAGACCACCUCGCUAACAAAAUUUUCUUCCCCACACAGCCAUGAGCAAGACCUCCAAGACUGCUUUCCAAGCCGUCAAGCGUCAACAAACCAGCCAAAUCCUCUCCAAGACCACCCAAUUCUCCGCCCGCCGCCCAUACUCCUCCGAAAUGGCCAACGCUCUCGUUCAAGCUUCCCAAAACCUCGGUAUGGGAGGUGCCGCUAUCGGUCUUGCAGGUGCCGGUGUUGGUAUCGGUCUCGUCUUCGCUGCUCUCUUGCAAGCCGUUGCCCGUAACCCAUCCAUGCGUGGUCAACUCUUCUCCUACGCCAUUUUGGGUUUCGCUUUCGUCGAGGCCAUCGGUCUUUUCGAUCUCAUGGUUGCUAUGAUGGCCAAGUUCUUGUAAAUGUGUCAUUAUGGUUGGAUGAAGUGGAAAGGAAGUAUGUAUAAAUACGGUGGAUGGAGAUGGGGUAUGAAGGUGGUGGUAUAAAUCAACGGUGCAUUGUUACGUUACGGGCAUUGCAUGCGGUUGCACAUAGAUGGUUUGGAUCGAUGGUAUGGAAAAAUCGAUGCAUUUUAUAGACGGAUUUCCUCUCUUCUCCCGAUAUUAGAGCAUAGAAUUUCUAGAUUAGACGAACAUACAGACAGAUGAUGAAUUACCUCUUUCAAAGGGUAGUUCCUGUAAACUAUCAAUUGAAGAACGUAUACCUAUCUUUUU